GAAGAGUGUUGGCAUCGCGCGGUUUAUGCCACAGACGACGCGGAAGAGUAACUAUCAUCGCAGCUGAAGAUUCCUCCUAAUUCGUGCCGUGACAAAUGGGAUUUACUGGGAAACCAUAGUGGAAUAAAGCCAGCAGCAACGGUUCUUCCACAUAAAAAGAAAAAGAACCAGAAAGUGUACUUAAAGCAAGAAGUGUGGGGUCAAUUUGCGGGGACCAAGCCGAUGAGAAUACAGCCAAAACUGCCAAUUGGUGGGCCAAGCUACGCUCAACUGAUAGAUAAAUCUCCAUAAAUCAAAAUAUCAAAUAACCAUCAGCCACAAGACAAACUGUGCCUCGAGCCGGUGGACCCACCAGCGACACUUGCAUUUUCCCCUCGUAUAGUCGCCCAGCAGCUCCCGACUGACACACAUUUGAUGAGAACAAACAGCAAACUGAAAUAAAUCAACAAAAAUAAUGUCAACGAAAUCAAUACAAGGCGGCAGCUGCAGCAUGUUGUCGCUGGUAGCUUUGUCGCUGAUGUUGCUGCUGCUGCUGUUGCCGGCGUUGCUGGCAGCAUCCCCAGGCCCCAAGCAGCGCGCCCGAAUAGCGAAGAGUCCCAGCGACAACAAUGCAUCGAUGGUCGAGGCCACGUCAAAGGCAGCAUCCACAGCAUCCACAGGAGGGAAAACAUCCGAAGGCACAAGAAGCGGGAACCGUGGCAACAAUGCCAAAGCUGGUAGCAAGUAUGAGAUACGCGGCGUUGCCGGUGAACCACAUUACAAAUCGGUGAAUCUGACCUGGGAAGUGGAGUUCGUGCCGUCGGACGCUGACACAGAUACGAGUGGAGACGAAGUCGGAGCCACCGGGUCCCCAGUGAAUGUGACAAAUAUGAGCAUCGAUGUGGAACCGCCCAAGGCAUUCCAGAUCUUCUACUGCGAGAUGCAGAACUACGGCCCGCAGCGGUGCCGCGUCAAGACGGUGAACGGCACUGCCGCUGAAGUGGCGCAGGAGCCCGCUGGAGACCCCGUAGGAUUCCAAGUCCAGCACUUCGCCGCUGCCGUGGAUAACCUGAGGAUGGCCACUAAGUACAGCUUCCAUGUCCGCCCUGCGACCCAGAGGCGUCUGCAGGCGGGUGGUGCUCGCAGGCCGAACGCACGCGCCGAGCUCCACGAUGAGAACGAGAUCGAAAGUACCGGCUCUGGGCACCUGCCCGGCCAGAGCAUCAUCAUUCCCACGAAGGGCUUCUCUGCCCAUGCCACGCAAUGCCUGCCGCAUGCCUCGGAGAUUGAGGUGGAGACGGGCCCCUACUUCGGGGGACGCAUCGUUGUGGACGGCGGCAACUGCGGCGUGAAAGGGGACGCCAGCGAUGCCGCCGACAAGUACACCAUGCGGAUCGACCACAAGAAGUGCGGAAGCAUGGUCAAGCCGGAGACGAACACGGUGGAGACCUUCAUCACUGUGCAGGAGAACCUGGGCAUCUUCACGCAUAGCACGAGGCGCUUUGUGGUGGUCUGCAGCUACCAGUCGGGCAUGCAGACCGUGCGGGCCAGCUUUACUGUGCCCGGCAAGAGCGGAGUGGCCGCCGCCUACGAGCCCAACGAUCCCUUCGAGCCCGACGACGACCAGCGCCUGGGCAGGGAGCUGCGACAGAUGCGCUACGUCAACAAGAGCGAGCUGGUGCUCAGGGAGUCCGAGUCUGAGCCCGAGUCCGUGGAGCAGGAGGCUCUGGUAGAGGAGGCACAACCCCAAGCCCAAGCAAUGGAGGAGUCGAGCCUGCCGGCAGUCCACAGCCACAACAGCAGCAACAGUCGCCAGCAGGGACGCGCCCUGAGCCUAGCCAGCCUCAAAGAGGUGAACAGUCUGGCAGAGGAGCCCGCUCAGGGUCAGACUCUGGAGCAGAUGGACACCAUGUACGCCAAACUGGUUGUGGACCAGACGCCGGAGCUCGCCGCCAGAUCGCGACACGCCCAACGCGAGGCUGGCCCAGACGAUGGCGAUGGCGAUGGCGAUGACGAGGAGGCAGUGUUCGCCCCCACACUGCGUUACAUAAGCUCGAAUCUGAGCAGCGUGCUGGUAACUGUUUCCAUAUCUGUGAUAAUCAUCAGCAUUUGCCUCGUUCUGCUGCAGCGCCAGCGCCAGCGCCUGCGUCCCAAGACCCCAGCAGGCCACCGCUCGUCCACGUCAUCGAUGGUCCCCCACCUGCCGCACAAGACGCUGCCCCGCGCCUUGCAGCAGCAGCAGUAUCAGUGCACCUUGUAGGUGUCCCUCCUCCCAUCCCCACAGCCACUCUCUUCCAGCUGGCUAUGCCCACUCGUCCUGCUGAAUGCCCCAGACGCCAUUUAGCUGCAGAUGACUGCGCAUAGCCCGGGCCACAAUCACAGAGGCUCCAAGUUCAGCUUCAGCU